AUGGAGGAAUUUAAUUGUGAUUCCAGACUUGUGGGAAAUGUCACUUCAGUCUGUGGGAUGUACCGGCCUCACCGGAGGCUGCCGAUACACAGAGAGGAGUCUGGUCAGGGGGCAAAAGCAGUGGUUGGGACAUCCCAGAGGGGUGGGGGCAUCAGCAUAAAACCUGCCAGAAGCUGCGGCGAGCAGGCCAAAAACAGGCCAACUCCAGGAGCAGCGCCUGUGCUGCUGCUGACCCAAAGAUGCAAGAAAAGAUUUGACCAGUCUUCACCAGGUCUAAAUACUCGGGUUCAACAGUUUUUGUACAGAUUGGCCGUGGGGAAAACUGCUACUUACCGGACACAGACUGUAGUGCUAAAAAUAGCUGUCUGCAAUACUGCUGCUUUACUGAGAGAGGCACUGGGAGCUGGGGGUACCCAUGAGGUUACAGAGCAGAAUAUUGAAGAAGUGAACCGUGUGAAGAUGGCUGCUGCUGUGAAAUUAUUGGAGCCUCCACUUAAUCAGCCGCAGCCUGAUUUUGAACAGCCAUCCCAGGAAGGGGCAGGAGAAAGCAAACAACCAGAGCUCAAAUAUGAGCUAUUCUCUGUGGCUAAUGAAGAUCACCAGUUCCUUCAAGAGAAGGCAGUUAAUAGACUAGAGGAAGAAACAGAGAAUCAUGAAGAGGAAGGUCCUGGACAUACAGAAGUUCACAAGGUAACAUCAGGUCAAAGGGAAGGCAUCUUUCAAAAUGGUGACCUAGCUUCUCAAAAGGGUGAAAUGUCUCAAAAUGACAAUUUAGAAACACCCCCUGAGAACAAACAGGCAGAGGUCUCCAGGAAGAGAUGCUGUAAUGUGAGAGACUUACGAGACGUUGCAGUCUCAGAGGGAACUUCAUCAGGGCAGAGUCCUUACCAGUGCAGCGUGUGCAGCAAGAGCUUCCGCCGCAGCUUCAACCUCCUCCAGCAUCAGCGCGUCCAUACAACGACGAAGCCUUACAAGUGUGUAGAGUGUGGCAAGAGCUUCAGCCACAACUCUGCUCUGAGUAAGCACCACAACGUGCACCGCGGCGAGUGCACGUUUCAGUGCAGAGACUGUGGGGACCGCUUCACCCGCAGCUCCAGCCUCAUUGUCCAUCAGAAAACUCACCUGGGGGAGAAACCUCACCUGUGCAAAGAAUGUAGGAAGUGCUUCCGCAAUGUUCUGGAGCUGAUGUCUCACCAACAGCUACACAGCUGA